CCCAGCCGGGUCACGACCCAGCGGGCAGGAGCCAGGACUCCGAGAGCUCGGUGUCCUCAGCGGGUCAGCGAAGGCCCGGUUCAGAGCCAUGUCCACGAAUCUGCGCACCGCGCUCAUUUUUGGUGGCUUCAUCACCCUGAUCGGCGCCGCCUUCUACCCCAUCUACUUCCGGCCCCUAAUGCGGCUGGAGGAGUACCCAAAAUGGAAACCUGCUGUCAACCUCAUCAAGAUGUACUUGCUGAAUCCUGAGGGGCCCGUUUGUUUUCCCUGCAGCAUAUUCACAAAGAAGGAACAGGCCAUAAACCGGGCUGGUGUUGUUCAGGAAGACGUGCAGCCACCAGGGUUAAAAGUGUGGUCGGAUCCAUUUGGCAGGAAGUGAGAGGGCUGUCCCCCCCCUCUGAUGAGGAAGGCGGACCGCGUCCCUCCGAGUCUUCAGGCUUUCAGUUCUGCAGCAGGUGCCCCGAGGAACUCACAUGGCCAGCAAAUGACAGUCGGAGAAGAAAACUCCUUAAGGCCCUAGAGAAGAGUGCUGGGCAGCAGCUUUAAUUCCCUCCUUAAUUGAACCCUGGGACAAAUGGCACCAUUAGGAAGGUCUGUGUGAUUUUUGAUUCGAAGAAUGAAGCUCUCAGCCAGCUGUGUUGGGAGGCUGUCUGCUGACUGUUCCGUCUCUACGUCUGGGCCAGCCGAGCUGUGAUAGGAAUACAAGCAACCAGGAGGCUUUGGGAAGAGCCUCGUCUCUUUCAUCAUCUUCCCAGGGAGACAUUUCAGUGCAAAACCACCACGGCAAGCAGCCUCGUAGGGCUCUUUGCACAGGUUCAAGUUGAUACAACUCUUUGACAACAAGGCACACUGUACUCUUUUGAAAUAAAUAGUUCGGCUCUACUCUGUCCUAGGGAUGCAUGUUGGAAAAUGAAUACAUAUGAGGCCAGUCAAAUUACAUGGGUACGCAUGCAUAGUUGAAAUCACUGUUGAAUUAACAGACGUGAAAAUGUGUUAUUAAAAUGAUUUCUUUUUACCUCA